AUGAAUAUAUUAUUAUUAAUUUUUUAUUUUUUAGUUUGUUUUUUAAUUUUUGAUUUUAUAAAGAAAAAUAAAGUUAAAAAGUAUGAUGUACCAACUUUAUCAUAUGCUUUGCCAAUAAUUGGACAUCUUUAUAAACUUGGAGUUAAUCCACAUAGAAAUUUAACAAAAUUGGUAGAAAAAAAUGGAGGAAUAUUCUCAUUAUGGCUUGGUGAUAUUAAAACUGUAAUUGUAACAGACCCAUCAAUAAAUAAAGAAAUUAUGGUUAAACAAUUUACAAAUUUUUCAGAUAGACCAAGAUUAAAAAGCUUUGAAUCAUUUACUGGUGGAGGUGUAAAUUUAAUAUUUAUUGAUUAUAAUGAAAAGUGGCCGGUAAUUAGAAAAAUAGUUUCAUCAUCAAUUACAAAAACAAAAAUAAUAUCAAACUAUAAAGAAGUUAUUGAAAAUCAAACUAAAAUUUUAAUUAAUUCAAUGAGAACUCAUUCAAAAAUAAAUGAACCAUUUAAAUCUAAAAAAUAUUUUGGUAAAUUUUCAAUUAGUAUUGUUUUAGGAAUAAUGUUUAAACAAGAUAAUGAUGAAAAACAAAUUAAUAUUAAUGAUAAUAAUAUUGAUAAUGAUCCAAUUACAAAAUUAACAGAACCAAUUCAACAAGUAUUUUUAUUAUUAGGAACUGGUAAUAUUAGUGAUUUUAUUAAAAUUUUAAGACCAUUUUUUAAAAAUGAAUAUAAAAAAUUAAAUAAUAGUGCUAGUAAAGUUUUCAAAUUUAUGGAAGAAAUUUAUGAUCAACAUUUAUUAAAAUUUGAUAAAUCAAAUCCUAGAGAUUUAAUGGACUAUUUCAUUGAAUAUGAAUUUACAAAUUCACCAAAUACAACUUUAGAAGAAAAGAAAAUUAGUAUUAUUAAAGGUUGUAUGAGUUUUGUUUUUGCUGGUGAUGAUACAGUUGCAGCAACACUUGAAUGGGUAUGUUUAUAUUUAAUUAAUAAUCCAGCCAUUCAAGAGAAAUGUUAUAAUGAAUUAAUUUCUGUAUUGGGCGAUAAUAAUAAUGAAAGUAAAAUAAAGUUUAUAUCUUUAAAAGAAAGAGAUAAUUGUCAAUAUUUAAUUAAUGUUAUUAAAGAAGUUUUAAGAAUAAGAACACCACUUCCAUUAUCAGUUCCAAGAAUUGCAACUCAAAAUUGUGAAAUUAAUGGUUUUUUUAUAGAAAAAGGUACUCAAAUACUUUCAAAUGCAUUUGGUAUGAGUCAUCUAUAUGUUGAUGAACCAAAUGUAUUUAAUCCAGAUAGAUGGAUAAAUUAUUAUAAUCAAAAGCAACAGCAACAGCAACAGCAACAACAACCACAACCAAUACAAAAUAAUAAUUAUUUCAAUGAUCUUGAUAGGGUUUGUUUACCUUUUUCCACUGGUCCAAGAAAUUGUGUAGGUAUAUCAAUUGCUGAAUUAAAUUUAUUUAGUGUUUGUGCAAAUAUUAUUUUAAAUUUUCAAAUUAAGUCCAUUGAUGGAAUGCAAUUAAAAGAUAUAGAAGUUUCAGGUAUUUCCAUACACCCAAUACCAUUCUCAAUUAAAUUAAUUUCAAGAAAUUAA